AUGCCCCGCCCGCAAAAAUACAAAACGCAAGAAGAACGUCUGCAGGCCACAAAAGACAAGAGCAAACGUUAUUAUGAAAAGCAUAAGCAAGAUAUCUCUAAAUGGCGCAAGAAUGCUUAUCAUGUAAAACAUAAUAACCAACGCAUUGAAUACCCAAACUCGACGCAGGCUAAUGUGCAAAACACUAACUGGUAUGAGAUCUCGCCCAUUGCAGUAACGGUACCGAUCCCACCUCCAUGUCUCCAUCCCUUCCCAAAGCUUAGUGCGGAGAGCAGAGCAAUUCUGCAGGAGUUCGAAGAUUUUAUUGGCGGAAAGACGCCUUCAGACUAUGUCGAGUACCUUCUUGGGCAAUACUUCAAGGAUAAAUCUCGAUGUCAAGGGCAGAUAGCGGUCUUUGUCGAGCCUCUAGACAGUCUCUAUCACAUGCGAAAGUCAUACGACUCCAUCACAGCUCAGGCGUUGCAGGCGGAUGGUCACAGCGACCGCCAGAAAGAGCUGGAGAAGUUAGGUAGCCCAAUGGUGAAGCUCAUUUUCUGGCUAGAGGAUAUAUGGCACGUGGCUGUUGAUGGACCUUAUCAUUUGUGUAUCUCUGACAAUACAUGGAGGCUAGCAUGGCAGAAGCAGUCCAAGUAG